CAUCAUCAGAGAAUCAUUCAUUAUCACCAUGGAAUGUUUUUUUUAUUUUCUAUUAUCAAAUGCAUUGAAAUGUCCUAUCACUAUUCCUUUUGUAUCAAGGGAGGAUUCACCGGACAACUGUUGGCUUUCUGUGGUGGACACACUCUUUUCACGCCACUUCAAUACGAAGUGUUUUUCGUAGCAGGUUAGGAGAGCAUUUUCGCUAAGUCACUUCGGUAUCAAAGUGGCAUGAAAAUAGUAUUUCCCUUCUGUGGUAGGCCUAUUCGGUGGCUGCAACCUGGUCUCGGAGAAUUUCAUAUAUUUCAUACAUAUUAUUAUGUAUGUGAAUACGGGACACUCCAUUUAGUAUGAUAUGUUCCGUUUCGUAUGAUAUAUGUAUUCAGUUUCGUAUGGCGUUACAAAUUACAAUUAAUGUUAUAUGUUACGAAUUUGCAAAAUGUACAAUAUGUUACGAAUUUGAAAAACGUACAAUAUGUUACCAAUUCUAGCUAGGUGGCUAGGUGACUAAUGUUAGCUAGGAUAGGGCUUAGGGUUAGGUUAAAGGGUUAAGGUUAGGGUUAGGGCUAACUAAAAGGGGAAGGGUUAGCUAAAAUUAUUAAGGUUAGGGUUAGGUUAAGGGUUAAGGUUAGGGGAGUGGUUUGCUAACAUACUAAGUAGUUGUAAAGUAGCUAAAAAGUAGUAGGUAACGUUAGUUGAAAAGUUGCUAAAGUUGUCCGUAAUGAGAUUUGAACUCGCAACCUUUGGGUUACUAGACGUUCAUGUUGUACAGGGGAAGGAUUAGCUAAAAGGGUUCAGGUUAAGGUUAGGGGAAGGGCUAGCUAGCAUGCUGAGUAGUUGCAAAGUAGCUACAAAGUUGUAAGUAGUUGAAAAGUUGUCCGUGAUGAGAUUCUCCCAACCUUUGGGUUGCUAGACAUCCACGUUAUACGCUCACCCAACCACCUUAUUUUGUUUUUGCCUUAAGUAGCCAUCUAAUUUGAUUCUCCCGGAUUUAUGUUUACAAUAUUAUAUCUAGUCUAUGAGACCAGGCUGUCUAAUAAGGAAAUGAAAGGACAUUCUAUGUGAUCAUUCUUAGUUGAACAAUAACUUAGAGGUGAAGGUAUGUCUGCUGUUUGUGUCCUCAGUCAAGCAGACAGGGAUGACACAUCUUCCAGGUAUGUGAGAACCGGGAACUCUGAAAAACAACAACUGCAGCUAAUCACAAUGAUUUAUAUAAAACAUGUAAAAGUAAGAUGUUGCACAAUUUGGUUUAAUGAGUGACCUAAAAUGACUCUCAAUGAGGUUGUAAUGGUAUAAUUCUCUACUUUCUAUUUAAACCCACCAAUCUCAAGUAAUCUAACCAUUGUGUCAAAUCACAACUGUACUGUAUAAAUCACUACUACUGAUUCUUGUGGGCUUCGUUUGAGUAGAUCUUUGAUACCUUUAAAGCUGUAAGGACACCUAAUGCAUCCUGCUGAAGAACUAAUGAGUGCGUUACACAUUCUUUGGGGGAGGGCUCUGGGAUGCUGUUCAAACUGAGUGCUGCCUGAAGAAUCAGGAUAUUCAGAAGUCACACACAGAUACUGGAGAAGCAUUGCAGCUAAUAGUCAUUUUGUUGGCUCACACAACACAACCAUGGCUAGCGAAAACAGGGAUAAUAAGACUCCUGAAUGUUUUCCAGUGGAUGACUACAUAAAGAGAUACUACCUUCCGAUCAUGUAUGGGACCAUAUUUGUAGUGGGGCUUGUGGGUAACAUCACCUCAAUCAUCAUCUACGUGGUCAGGCUGCGCCCAUGGAAAAGCAGCAGCAUCAUCAUGGUGAACCUUGCCUUGGCAGACCUCCUGUAUGUUCUGUGUCUGCCCUUCCUGGUCCACUACUACAUCCACGACGACUGGAUCAUGGGCGAGGUCAUGUGUCGCAUUGUUCGCUUUAGCUUCCACUUCAACCUGUACGGCAGCAUCCUCUUCCUCACCUGCCUGAGUGUAUUCCGCUAUGUGGUCGUGGUCCACCCGCUGAGGGCAGCCCAGGUGCAGAGAACGAGCUGGGGUGUGAUCGCCUGCCUGGCUGUGUGGUUCAUAUCUGUGUUGGAGAUUAUACCCAUGGUUUACAUGAUCACUGUGAAGAAGACUGAGAACAAUAUGACAUCAUGUCUGGAUUUUGCUAGUAAUGAUCCAGAAGAGGUAUGGGUCUAUGGCUGGCUACUCACUGUCCUGGGCUACCUACUCCCCCUAGUGGUGGUGUGCCUGAGUUACGUCCGUGUUGCAUGUGAGCUGGCCGGUGGGCCACAUGAGGGCCGUCCGAACAGGGAGAGGGCCCGCAAGCUGACUGUGCUAAUCCUGGUUGUGUUUGUGCUAUGCUUCACACCCUUCCACAUCCUCCGAGCCCUGCGGGUGUACACCCAGAUGGAAGCCCAAAGGCCAGUGCCCUGUAUGCUGCUGAUAGGGGUCAAUGCAGCCUACACCAUCUCCAGACCCCUGGCAGGGCUCAACACCUUCUUCAACCUGGCUCUGUACACGCUGGCUGGAGACAAGUUCCACCAGGCGGUCCUUGGCCUCCUCCGCUGGAGACCCCAGUUUCUCAAGACCAAAAGGCACAUCAUGGUGGCGGUGAUCAGCCAACCAGGCAGCAACAGUAUGUCACAGGCUAACGUGCUAAAGAGCUGAGUCAAAAUACUACACAACAUUUUAUAUACACAUGGUUGAUUUAUUUAAUUUCAAAACACAGAAGUCUAUUUUUUGGUGUUGACAAAAAUAACUAUGUCUCUUUUCUACCUACUAACUUGGUAACUUACAAAUGUACUGCUCGCCUUUGAGUAACUUUAUUAGCUGCUGUCUUUCUAGGGUGACCAUGUUUCUGAACGUUACUGAUAUUGUCUAAAUGUUUUUGCCAUAAAACUGGUUCUGUCAACUGCAGUGCAAGAUAAAUCACAGCAGUGUGCUCUUAUCUUGAGUAGACUGGAUUCAGUUAGGAAAUUCUAGGUUUCUGGGUCAGUCUUUAAUUGGCAAUACAUUGCAUUAUAACAAGCUGUACAAUCAUACAACAUAUAAUAAUGUUAACAUGUUGGUUUCCUGAAGUUUAAUCAAUUAAAUGUGUUAAUCACUGUCAGUAAA